AUGAAAGAUGCCGAUAUUGUUCAGUCUUUCAAGAGCGGCAUUGAGCCGGGGCUGCGCGACCCAUACACGCAAGUCAACGUCCUACUUAUCCACUGGGAGAAAAAUGACCUGAAUCGUGUUGAAAAGGAAGUCCAAGAGCUCCGAGCAGUGUUUGAAGAGACCUACAAGUAUAACAGUGUCGUCUUUCGCAUCCCCACGGACAAGUCAUGCCGCAAACGCCUCAACCAGGAAAUUAUCGGAUUCGUCGAGGACCAGUCUCAGCGAGACAGUUUGAUCAUCAUUUACUACGCGGGUCACUGCGGUCCUGGCAAGCACGGCCAAGCUGAGUGGACGGCCUUUGAAGACAAGAAUGAACCCGCGCUGUCUUGGAAUGAAGGGCAGCAGUUACUUUUCUCAGCCCCAGGCGACGUACUGCUCAUUCUGGACUGUUGUCACGCGUCACUCAUAGCUGUGGGAUCUAAAGAUGAGGGUAGUCGAUUCGAGCUGAUCGCGGCUUCGGCCACGGCCAAGGACCGUCAGAAUGCCGAAACUACCAUGACACCUGUCCCGGGGCCGCACUCCUUCACAAGAAUACUUACUAGGCUUCUAAAAAAGCAUGCUUCUGAAGGCAUCUCGUCCGAGAAUCUGUGUUCGGAAAUAAGGGAGGAUGGAAAGAUCACAGUGACGCCUGUCUUUCACAAUUUUGCCCGGGAAUCCCCAACAAACAUUCGACUACAGCCCGUCAACCAGGAACAAAGGUUAAUGCAAAAACCUUCCGGCUACCUCUUAUUCAGGGCAUCUCUCUCAGGCGAUGUGACGGGCACCCAGAUCGCCGAGUGGUUGAAGAGUGCGGCCCCAAGCAACGUCACGGCUGUCAGCAUCGAGGCUGUCGUUAGUCGGGCCCGUCGCAUACAAGAAGCGUUCCCCAAGGGAUCAGCCUUUGAGAAACUGUCCGAGGCAGCCAGGGAUGAGAUACUAUGGAGUAUGCGAGGACUGAACACCACCAUGGCUGAGGCUGCAGAUAGGUCCAGAAAUCCUACUCCGAUUCCGACUAGCGAGAAAGCAGAGGCGGUUCAACAGUCAUGGGACCGUCUCAAGGAGAACAUGUCCAGAGUCGACACUGCCAUUGAGACCCCUUUCCUUCUUGAGGAUAAUGCAAGCAGAGGCUCAAAGGUGCCCCAAGAUUUGACCAAGGACGACGAGUUUCCCUCAAUUUUGGAAGCUGCUGACGUGGACGCUGCGCUUCUGCUUCGCGAGGCGAUUCGCAACGAAGACCCAUGCCUCCACACCAUCGAGAUAAGCCGCGAAGAAAUCGUCUUCAAAACACCGAAACACCGAGGAGGUCCCAGCGGCAAGUUAAAACAGAACCGCUUCAAGUAUGGCACGGUAGCCGGCCAACCCGUCGUCAUGGAGACGUACAUGUACAAAGAGGCAAACGACCACAGCGGUGAACCUCAACCACAGACACUACGCCAGGCACAGCGAAUAACUGGACUACUGUGCCAUCCUAAGCGAAAAGAGUUUCACAUCCUUCCCUGUGUCGGAUUCUUCAGGAACCGCCGUGCAAAGGAGCUUGGUCUUGCGUUCAAUCUCCCGCCGACUUUUGACUCUGGUGACGGUGGCGGUGUUAUGACGCUUAUUGAGAUGUACAAGAUGCACAAGAUCGUUCCUCUUGGUCAUCGUGUACACCUUGCCUGGGCGUUAACUACUGCCAUUGAGCAUUUCCAUCGCGUGGGAUGGGUGCAUAAGGGCAUCCGGAGCAGCAACAUUGCCUUUAUUGCCACUUCAAAUAUUCCGUCAGUUCAGGAAUCAUCAGAUGAGGACGAAGAAGACGUAAAUUCACCUCGCCUUGGGAACUUUAAUCUCAGCAACCCUCUACUCUUUGGUUUCGAAUAUUCUCGAGCUGGAGAUGAAGCCACUUAUCUUGAAGAGGAUCACUCGCAAGCUAACAACCUCUACCGCAUCCCGGAGCGAUGGGGCAAGCCAACAGCACGGUUCGAAAAGAGUCACGAUGUGUACUCGCUGGGUGUGGUCUUGUUCGAAAUUGCACUCUGGAAGGAUGUUGGUUCAGCCCUGAAGUCAUACCUGGACAAAGGACGAGUGAUUUCCUCAGAGGUGGCUCAACUUUUGAUGGAAAAGUGUGUCAAAAUGUUGCCGCAUCAGGUAGGUGCAGUAUUUGCGCGCUGCAUCUUGAAUUGUUUGGACUUUGGGAGUAAAACGAAAGGUUUGAACGAGUACGAAACACAGAGAUAUUUCCAGAAGAAUGUCGUUGAGCCAAUGAGGAGGGCAGUGGGAAGGAUCUAA